AUGCGUUUUAUUGCUCCAAAGGUGAAACAAUUUUCUGCCUGGCUGAUUAUUGUGGAAAAUGUUGUUGACCUAUCCAUGGUUCGUAGUUAUCUGCCUCCAACCGCCAGUGAAGAAUGGCGUCAUGGUCAGAUGCUAGUAACUACUCAAGAUACUCAGUCAAUACCCUUCAAUUCCCCUCAUACUUACCAUGAGUCUCUCAGUAAAGGAAUGCACCCAGAUGAUGCAGUAGACCUUUUAAGAGAAGUGUCCCAAAUUUCGAAUCAACAACAAGCUGAGAAGGUUGCUGAAGUUCUCGAGUAUCAGCCACUUGCCUUGGCAGCUGCUGCAGUCUACGUACAAACUAUUGUCAGCUAUGGUACCCCUAAUUAUAGUUGGACAAAAUACCUGGAAACGUUUAACAGCGAGGGACGCGAAGCCGGGGAGGCGNAAGAUACUCAGUCAAUACCCUUCAAUUCCCCUCAUACUUACCAUGAGUCUCUCAGUAAAGGAAUGCACCCAGAUGAUGCAGUAGACCUUUUAAGAGAAGUGUCCCAAAUUUCGAAUCAACAACAAGCUGAGAAGGUUGCUGAAGUUCUCGAGUAUCAGCCACUUGCCUUGGCAGCUGCUGCAGUCUACGUACAAACUAUUGUCAGCUAUGGUACCCCUAAUUAUAGUUGGACAAAAUACCUGGAAACGUUUAACAGCGAGGGACGCGAAGCCGGGGAGGCGUUUUUUGCGAAACAAAACAGAGCAUAUCCCAAAACAAUGACUACUGCCAUCAAAAUGGCAAUAACUCGAGCUUUGGAAAGCGACGAAGUUCUUUGUGAAGUAUUUUCUUUAUUUUCGUUGUGCGCAUCUGAGUCCCUACCUAUUGCAGCUGCUGUUGACUUUGUUAAAUUUCGCACAAAACAUCAAACAGAAGCGUUGAUUAGAGCAAAAAUUCUGAAAUCCACCAUGAUGACUUGCCUGUAUGACAAAGACGACACGCCCACUUACUUAAGAGUACAUAAUGUUGUUCAUGAAGUGGUAAACUCCGCUAUAACAACUUUCCUGGACGUGACCCAUGAAGCUGAGUGCUUUUCUGUUGCUGUUAGGACUUUUCAUUCAUUAAUGAAAGAAAACCGGAAUCUUCUACUUGCUAGUGCCCAGGCCUUCGGAAAGCUGAGGAGAAUUGUCAGUCAUUGUAAAGUGUUAUUUCAGUUAAUCAGAACUAAAAUGGUUAAUGAAGAACAAUCAGUGCUUAAUACAUUACUACCGGUAAUUACUCCUGGCAAUUUAGUUUCGUUUCUUACCCUUAUUACUGAAGUUUGUUUGCGCCAGAGUAAUUUAUCGGAUGCGUACCUUUUCUCAACUUUAUCCUCUGAUUUUAUAAUGUAUCUAAGUGACACUCAAGAUGAUAAAUUGCAAAAGGCGAAACAUUUUGGUAAACGCGGCAAUGUUCAUUGCCAACUUGGGAGGUUCUGUCAGGCAAAAGAAUACCAUAAGAAGUCUCUUGCUAUUACAAAAGAGAUUUAUGGUGAACACCAUCGUGACGUAGCGGCAAGUUACAACAACCUGGGAAGUGUUUACAUAAACCUUGGUCAGUACAAUCAGGCUAAAGAAUACCAUGAGAACUCUCUUACUAUGAGAAAAGAGAUUUAUGGUGAACACCAUGGUGACGUAGCGGCGAGUUACAACAACCUGGAAAUGUUUACACAAACCUUGGUCAGUACAAUCAGGCUAAAGAAUACCACGAGAAGUCUCUUGCCAUUAGAAAAGAGAUUUAUGGGGAACACCAUGGUUACGUAG